UUAUUCUUGAUUUUACCUCCUAAAUAGUAAUAAGUUUAUCAUUUUCUUUCUUUUCUUUCUAUUCUCAGUUUAUUCUGUCUGCCCAAUUGUCUGUCUUCUUCUCUUUCUUUUUUUUAUUCGGAAUCUUUCAUUUUCUCCUUGUUUUUAUUUCUCACAACAACUCUUACCCUUUCAUCAUCAUCAUCAUCUUCAUCAUCUAUUAUUGUUUUCUCUAGUUUAUGUCGACAUUUUCUUUUCAUCAACAUUAGCAUCUUAAUCAACGAAUCUCUGUUUUUAAUUGGGAUGGUUUGGUACUUCUUCAAUCGUCACUUCAUCUAAUUCAAUUAAAUUGUCAACAUGAAUUUUGAGAGUUUGUUUGAUUACAACUGAAAGAGAAUUUUCUCAUUUCCUUCUGUCUCUUUUUGUGAGAGAAAUUCUCACUUCUCCCUCCUCCUUUUUGGUGGUUUCGCUUUUUUUGUUUUCAUUUUUUAAGACUAAAGAAAAUAAUUGAAGCAACGUGUGAAUUAUUUACCUUUUUUUCUUCAUCUUCUUUUCUGUCUAUUUUUCUCUCCUCUCCUGUCUCUAUUCUGGUGUUUCUCUCUCCCUCUCUUUCUCUCUCUCUCUCUCCCUCAUUUUCCCUUUAUUCUUCUCACUCUCUUUCUAUUUUAUGUAUUAACUAAUCCAUUUUGGGAUGAAUGCAAGUACGUUCUUUAAUCGUUCAACGGCACCUCAAUCUUCAUCAUCAUCCUCAUCUGCAUCAUCUUCAACCAAUAGAACAACUAAUCCAAGGGCUAAUAGUACUGGUGGAAUCUUUGGUGGAGGUAACAAUUCAUCAACCCGAACCACAUCACCACCUACUGCAGAUUCAUCAUCAACCACAACCAACAACACCAAUGGGUUUAAUUUUUCUUUUGAAUUUCCUAGCAUCAAUCUAUCAAACCUUACUGACACUUUCUCAGCAGCUCGAUUCUCUUCACCAAAUUUAUCAACUUUGAUUCCUAAACAACGAUCAUCAUCAACAACACCAACCUCUCGCAACGAAUCAUCUUCAUCAUCUUCAUCACCUGGACCCACCAACUCAUCUGGUUCCCGAGUGAUCAUGGUUUGUGAAAAUUGUGGAAUCAAAUUCCAUUUUCUUAAACGGAAGAAAACUUGUUCGGAUUGUAGUAUGGAUUACUGUGUUAAUUGUUUUCCCAAAGAUACUAAUCAUGAUUUUUUCGCAAGCCUUCGUCGGACGCGAUGUCGUCGAUGUCGAAUAUUCAAUAUGCAACCUCUUGAAAGACAUUCUCUUCUCGAACUGAGAAUCAAAGAUCUUAAAUGGUAUAUGGAUAAAAAGCGUAUACCUCAUCGCUUUUGUAAGGAAAAAUCGGAAUUGGUUGAUUUAAUUCUUCGUACUGGUGAACAUGCUAGGCGUUUAUACUCACCACCCAAUUCUUAUCCCACCAGUCCUUUAAAUAGUCGAACAACAAGCUCAAAUACGACAAGCUCAAAUGAUACACCGAAUCGUGUUCACCGUCAAGGGACAGAUGACAGUUGGGUAUUCGUUGAUCCCGAUGAUUCUGGUUACCGGUCAUCAUUUGAUGUCAAUUCUGCUUCACAAGAAAAUGCUUCUGGAGCCAAUACCAAUAAUACUAAUAAUACCAAUACCAAUACCAACACCAACAACACUCCAUUAAUUACUUCAUCAAAUACUACAUCAGCUACUGGUAAUAAUAAUAAUAUUAAUGAUACUAAUAGCUCAACAAAUACCACAACAAGUGCAACUACAUCUCGUUCAACGGAUCAUCAAAAUGAGGAAACUACGUCAAAGGAAAACAUUUCCUAUGAAAGUAACUCAACGUCCAAUCUCAAUGAUUUUAAACCAUUUAACAUUGAUGAUUUAAACAGUGAGGAUCAGAUUCGUGAUCUCAGUAUUCGCCAAAUUAAAUUAUUGUUAACUCGUAAUUUUGUCGAUUUCAAAGGAUGUUGUGAGAAAGAAGAAUUGCUCGAAAAAGCCAUUCGAUUGUGGAGAGAUGUCAACAAAGCCAAAGAAAGAGGUUCUGAGGAUUUGGAUGAUGAUAGUGCUUGUAAAAUAUGCAUGGAAAAGUUAAUCGACUGUGUCCUUCUCGAGUGUGGCCACGUUGUUACUUGUAUUGAUUGUGGUAAACGUAUGAACGAAUGUCCAAUUUGUCGACAAUAUGUUGUUCGAGCUGUGAGAAUAUUCAAGUCAUGAUCAAGAAAAUUCUCAUCGGAACAAUCAAAUAAUAGAAAGAAACAAAAGGAUCUCUUGUGGCAUCAUGAACAUUUACCAAGUCAAUUUCCAGUCACCAUCAUCAACGAUUUUAAAAUAAUUCACUUUUCGUUGAGAAGGAGACGAGCAAAUACAUUCAGAAAAUAUAAUUAUUUAGAUAUAAAAACACCACUUUUGAUCUCGAGAAUCACUUUUGCUGAAGCUGACAGAAGGAAUCGUUCAAUAUUAAAGGAAAAGUUCAUUCAAGUGCCAAUAUAUAUUUAGAUGAUACUUAAAUAUAUAAAUAUAAUAAUUAUAUAUAAACAUGGAUACAAAUGAACCCAAAAUUUAUAAGUAAUUUGGAGAAAAAAUUGAACAAUUGAAGAUGAUUAUAAAUGCUGCUGAAUAACCCCAGUGAUUUUGAAUUUCCUCGAAGUUAAUUUUAUCGAAGUGAUUUGUUAUAUCAAUACAAAUAUCUAAAAUACUAUAAACCAAUUGCUCUGGAUAAGUUUAAUCACUAUUUAAAUGAUAGUUAAAAAUUUGUUUGUUAAAUGUCAUAUUUUUUUGGAGAAAAUAUCAAACAAAUUAAAAACUUUCUGCUUUUCUUGUUUCAA